AUGAGACGGUUGCAGCAGCAGCAGCAGCAGCAGCAAAGUUCGAACAUAUAUUACUCCCACAUAUAUUACUUCGAUCGCACGAUUAACUCGCCGCAGGAGCUCAUCCUGGACGGAUUAAAGGACUCCACCACAGGUACUUCCCUGCGCGAUCUGGCCACCUUUGAGACGUGAAAGACGGGACUUCCGGGGGAAGUCUGCUUUAAGGUUAUCACGGAGCCACUCGAGGAGGCCAGCCAAGUGGGUGGACUCUUCUAGGAGAUACCGCCGAAACCGUCAAAACCGCCAGACGUCGGAAAUGGUAAACUCCGCAACCAAAGACGGGGAAUGACUGUUGCCAUAAUUAAUUCAUAA